GUUAAUAAAGUUGUGGAAAAGCACUUCCGCAACUGCGCAGUAGGGUCACAUCUACCGAGUGUAACCAUAUUGACCUCAGCAGCGCAGACGCAGAGGUUUGGACAAAUCGAUCCUCAUCCCAAUAUGAAGACACCGACACACACGUGCAGAUAGACGUCAAGCUGCUGCAAAUCUGUUCCUCUAUAACACACACUGACAGCAAAUUACCUUUAGCUGUCACUCCUCCCCCCCAAACUUGCUUCUUUUCAAGUUUUCAGCAUGUACCACAUUGUUCCAGGAGCUCCUGUGGAGCAGCAGAUGGCUAAAGAAGUCCGUGACUCCCCAGUUAGGAAGAAAUUAGCCCAUGAAGGUCGUCCGCUGGUGCUGGCGGGUCUGCUGGGCUGUGUGUUGGUCCUGGCUGCUGUGAUCGCCUGGUGCUACUAUUCUGUGUCUUUCCGGAAAGCCCAGCUGUUGAAGGCUGAGCUGCUGGAUCUGAAUAAAGACGGCUUCCUCAUACGCAACCAUGCAGGGGCUGUCGUCUUCACCAUGACCUUCAGAUCAGACACUCUGGAUCUGGACUCCUGCUCAAAGGAGGGAAGCUUUCUGAGCUGUACCAAGUCAAAUUCGGGCAAACUGAACUUUUUCAUCCAACCCGUUCGACCUAAAGACACUGUUAUAUGCUACCGCGUUCGUUGGGAGGAGCUGCAGAUGAAACGCACAGUAGAGCAUGACAUGACCUUUAACGGCUCUCACUGGUACGGGGGGGCAGAGAUGGCAGCGCAGUACUGGCCUAUCAGAUUCCAAGGCGAAGAGGAACCCCGGCCUUUCAUCACCAGCGACGUCUACGCCAAUCGAAAUGCGUUCGGGGGAAUCCUUGAGCGCUACUGGCUGUCGUCCAAUGCGACUGCAAUAAAGAUCAAUGACUCGGUGCCGUUUCACCUGGGCUGGUCGCAGAAGGACAGGACUCUGAGGUUCCAGGCCCGGUACCAGGACUCUCCCUUUAGACCACCAGCUGGGCAGCCGGCAUUUCCUGAACUCAGCUACAGAGUGUGUGUGGGGUUGGAUGUCACCUCGAUCCACAAAUAUAUGGUGCGUCGAUAUUUCCCCAAACCCGUCAAAGUUCUGUCCCCUGAAUGUUUUAAGAAACCGGUGUGGUCCACCUGGGCUCUCCACAAGACGACUGUAACCCAAGAGAAGCUGCUGCGCUACGCGUCCGACAUCACCAAGCAUGGGUUUGCAUGCUCCCAUCUGGAGCUGGAUGAUCGAUACACCACUGACUACGGAGAGUUUGACUUUGACCCGCAGAAGUUCCCCAACGCCACUGGUAUGUUCGCCAAACUCAGAGAGGACGGGUUUCAGGUGACGCUGUGGACGCAUCCCUUCAUCAACUACGACUCUAUUAAUUUUGGAGUGGCUGUGCAGAAAGGGCUGUUUGUUCGGGAGCCGAGCGGCGAGCUGCCGGCUCUCGUUCGCUGGUGGAACGGGAUCGGAGGGAUUUUGGACUUUACAAACCCAGAAGCCUGUAAGUGGUUUUCCUCACACCUGCACUCACUCAGAGCUCGCUACAACGUAUCGUCCUUCAAGUUUGAUGCAGGAGAAACUAGCUACCUCCCCCGCCAGUUUAGCACCUUGGUCCCGCUGUCAGACCCCUCCACCUUCACCCGGCGCUAUUCGGAGAUGGCCAUCCCGUUCAGUUCCCGUGCGGAGCUUCGGGUGGGCUACCAGAGUCAGAACAUCUCGUGUUUCUUCAGGAUCAUCGACAGAGAUUCAUUGUGGGGUUACGAGCUUGGCCUCAAGUCCAUCAUCCCCACUGUCCUGACUAUCGGCGUUCUGGGCUACCAGUUUGUCCUCCCAGAUAUGAUCGGAGGGAACGCGUACCCCAACAACACUGCAGGUCAAAUAAAUGGAACAAACAGCCUUCCAGACAGAGAGCUGUACAUCAGAUGGUUGGAGCUGUCUGCCUUUAUGCCUGCCAUGCAGUUCUCUAUACCACCGUGGGCUUACGACAAGGAGGUGGUACAGAUAGCUCAGAAGUUCACACAACUCCAUGAAAAGCUGGUGGCUCCAAGGGUUCUUGAGCUGGCAGGCGAGGUUCUUGAUACUGGAGACCCAAUUAUAAGGCCCCUCUGGUGGAUCGCCAACGACGACGAGGCGGCCUUUAAGAUCGACUCCCAGUUUCUGAUCGGUGAUGACCUGAUGGUGGCUCCGGUGUUGGAGCCUGGGAAGCAAGAGAGGGACAUCUACCUGCCUGCAGGACGAUGGAUGAGCUAUAAGGGAGAACAUUUUGAUAAAGGUCCCAUGUACCUCACUGACUAUCCUGUCGAUCUGGAUGAGGUAGCUUACUUCACAUGGGUUCAGUAAAAAAUAACACACACGCACGCACGCACACACACACACACUAGCUGUGUAAGCCAACUCAUGACAGAGAAUGUUUUCUUUACAAAAGGGAAUUCGUGAUUUCUGUGACUAUCGAUCUUCUUGAUCGGCUCUUUUUAGAGAACUAGGUUUAUUUAACAUUUUAUCUUCGUCUGGAAGCUAAUCUCCAUCCUCAUGUGCCUUCCACAGCCAAUAAUGAUCCAAGAUUGUGCCAUCGCUACUGUUUUCCUUUUUAAUUUAAACCCACAAAUAAUCCUUCAAGCUUCGCCUGUUUGUGAGGCUCAUGUUUGGGACUCUGGUGAACUGAGCAGGAGGUAAAUGUGCAAUGAGACGACUGGGACGUCCUCUGGAGUGACGCCGUCCACAAAUACCAACUCUUAGGUUGGAUUUGCACCUUUUCUUAGACCUCUAACCAUCUUCUGCCUGGCCAAAGCUAACAAGUGUUAACCAGCAUGGCUGAUAUCAGCUGAUGAAUUUGUGAUGAACUUAUUAUGAUCAACUAACUGGAAAUGUUUUGAAGUCAACAGCGCCUCGUGUCGUUUUAGUUCCCAGAAAUGCACAAGUAGAAACGACUGCUCAGGGUGCCUUUGGUGUUAGAAAUAUAUUUAUGCACAGAAAGAGUUUUAAUAUAAAACAGUGUUCUCUGUGAUGCCACGUGUCAACGAGCUGCCCACAUCUGCCUUGUGAUUUUAUUUUCUUAUUAUCUAAACUGUGCUAAUGGAGAGAGACCUCUCUGUACACGGUAAUGCAUUUGAAGUCACGGAUUUACGAAGUGCAUGAAUCUGGCUGCUCCCACAGCGACUGCUAGCAUUAGACUAAAGCACAAAGAUGAUUCAGCACUUUUAUGAUAAAUUAAAGCACCUGUUGGUCUGUUAAUUAGUCGUUUUUGUUUUUAAGUUUGUUUUCUUCACUUCUUUACAUAAUUAUAAAGUAGAAACAACAAAAACGAUGAGUUAUUCUGCCAAUCAUAAUCUAAAAACUACUAGAAAUAUAAAUACAAUGAUGAAUAUUUUCAGAGCCCCCCCUGUAGAAACUAAGGAUAACGAAUGGUUUAACCGAGCUCUAGGUUGAAGCUUGGGGGGGUCAGCUCUGUUUGGAUGAUUUAAGUCCAAACUACAGUUUUUAAUGUUUGUCACAAUAAAAAUCACUUGGAGAGCGGAGCUUUUUUUCCUGAUGUUAUAAAACAGUUUUCUUAGAUAAACUACUGCAUUCAUAUAUUUUAAAAUAGCUUUAAGACAGGAGGAUGUAAAUGGUAGAUCUCCAGCGGUUUGUGCCAUUUAAAAACAAUUGAAAUGAAACCAGGUAUUUCCAGAGUAACACAUGAGGGGAAACUUUAUUCUUUUAAAUAAUAACAUUUUUGAUUGCAGUAAAUUAACACAUCUUUUUAAAAAUGUGAGUGCCAAAGAUAAUAAAAGAUGUGGUUAUUGAUUUUUUAUAUACUUGCAGUGUUUGAGAAGCUAAUGUAACAGAAGUGGACAUUCCUUAUAAUAAAUGUAAUGACUUUAUAGGACUUAUUGCAGAAAAGUCUGUACUUUAGUUCCUUAAAACCAACUUUACACAAAUUAUCUCAACAUGUUGAAAUGCAGUAGUGAAUGAAUCAGCUGUGUCUUAUUUACAGCUAUCAGAAUUGUUCUUACCUGUUUUUCUGUUUGCAGCUUUGAGAGGGCAUGAUAACGUGUAACACGGCAAUGACUGUAAAAACAAUAAAGUAACUAGAGGUGUGUCCUGUUCAAAGGA